GGUACCGGUACCGGUACCGGGGCGGCCGGGCGGGUCGUGAGGUUGGGCGUUUCCGGGCUGGGCUUCCUGCACACUCUCUGGUGGGAUCGUCCUUUUCCUCCGCCCGCCGCCGGCCGCCCUUUGGACCCCACGGCAGCUUCCUCCCGUCGGGUGAAUGAGAGGCGGCCGAGCGGCGCCGGGCAGUGCCUGACACCGGGCCGAGCGCCAGCCAUGUCGAGGAGCACCGGCUCGGAGAGCGGGCGGCCCGGCGGGUCCCUGAUGCCCCGUGGAGCCAGCCCUGACAUCUCGCUCCCCCGGGACGCGGAGCCGGGAGCCGCCGCCUCGUUGCCGCCGCCGCUUCCCCUGCAGCCUCCCUUCGGCCCCGGGGAGGGCAGCCCCGCGCCGGCCGAGCUCAAGCCGGUGCGGCGGUUCAUCCCGGACUCGUGGAAGAACUUUUUCAGAGGGAGACGCCACAACGACUCCAGCUGGGACAGCACGGCCUCCGACAUCAGGUAUGUGUCGGACGGGGUCGAGUGCUCGCCGCCGGCCUCCCCUGCCCGUCUGCCGCCGGAGCGCAAGUCGGUGCCCGGCUCCUACAAGGAUCCGUACGGAGGGUCGGGCGGGAGCUACACGUCGCGGAAGGAGGUCGAAGCCAUGCUGCCCGCGGAGCCCUUCGGGUCGCUGGAGCGGCGCACCGGGCAGACGUACAGCGAGCGGGUGGAGGCCUACCACCAGCGGUACGGCUACAUGAAGUCCUGGGCCGGCCUGCUCAGGAUCCUCUGCGUGGCCGAGCUCCUGCUGGGUGCCGCCGUCUUCGCCUGUGUCACGGCCUAUGUGCACAAGGAUAAUGAGUGGUACAACAUGUUCGGGUACUCGCAGCCCUACGGCUACGGGGCUGGCAGCACCUACGGAGGCUACUCCUACAGCGGACCCAAAACGCCCUUCGUGCUGGUGGUGGCGGGAAUGGCGUGGAUAGUCACGAUAGUGCUGCUGGUGCUGGGCAUGUCCAUGUACUACCGGACCAUCCUCCUCGAUUCCAACUGGUGGCCUCUGACUGAGUUCGGAAUUAACUUGGCCUUGUUCUUUCUGUACAUGUCGGCUGCCAUAGUGUACGUAAAUGAUAUCAACAGAGGUGGGCUCUGCUAUUACCAGCUGUUUAAGACGCCGAUAAAUGCGUCUUUUUGCCGUGUUGAGGGAGGUCAGACAGCAGCAAUCAUCUUCUUAUUUGUCACGGUGAUCAUCUAUCUAAUUAGCGCCGUGGUUUCUCUCAAGUUAUGGAGGCAUGAAGCAGCUAGGAGGCAGAGGGAAUUAAUGGAACAGGAGAUGAAAACACAGUCCUCUUUCCCAGAAAAGAAGCAGUAUGAAAGUGAUGACAGACCAAGAGAAGAGGUCACGUACCGGCAGCUUAAAUCAGUGGAAAGAAAACCGGAACUACUUAAUGGUCAUAUACCUGCAGGCCACAUUCCUAAACCUAUAGUGAUGCCAGACUACUUAGCGAAAUACCCAGCCAUUCAAACAAAUGAAAUGCGAGACAGGUACAAAGCAGUAUUCAAUGAUCAGUUUGCUGAGUAUAAAGAACUGUCGGUGGAAGUUCAUGCUGUAUUAAAAAAAUUUGAUGAGCUGGAUGCAUUGCUGAGACAGCUUCCUCACCAUCCUGAAAGUAUACAUGAACAGGAAAGGAUAUCAAAAGUUCUGCAAGAAUACAAGAAGAAGAAAAAUGAUCCUGCAUUUCUGGAGAAAAAGGAGCGUUGUGAAUACCUAAAGAAUAAGCUUUCUCACAUAAAACAACGAAUUCAGGACUAUGAUAAAGUUAUGAAUUGGAAUGUAAAAACUUAGCUAUGCCUUCACUUUGUGGAUGCUAUUUUCUGCUUUAAAUCAAUAUGUGUAUUUUAAACUAUUUAUUUGCUCUCAGAACAGUUAUGGGGAUUACUUAAUCACUGUGUCACUUACCUGAAUGUUGUACAUUGCUGGUAGGUUUUGUAUGCAGAUCCAAUUUUAAAUCAAUGUAGUGAAGUUAUCUGAUAAGUUUAGAAAACCUGUGCUAACAUUCUGUUCUUACUAGACAGUACAAAGCCUGGCCUCUUAAAUAUGAAUACUUUGUUUGAAAAUACUGUACUUGCAAACUUGCAAAGCCCACUGGAGAAGGCAGUUCUAAAUACGAUGUCAAAAGUGUGCACAGAGAUGCUGUCAACAGUUUCAGAUUCUAUUUAUAGGUGACAUCUUAAUGAUAGCAAAAAGCAUUGAGCUGUUCUUUCUUAGAAUCACAGAAUAGAAUCGUAGAAUAGUUAGGGCUGGAAAGGACCUUAAGAUUAUCUAGUUCCAACCCACCUGCCAUGGGCAGGGACACCUCGCACUAAACCAUGUCACCCAAGGCUCUGUCCAGCCUGGCCUUGAACACUGCCAGGGAUGGAGCAUUCACAACCUCCCUGGGCAACCCAUUCCAGUGCUUCACCACCCUCACUGUAAAGAACUUCUUCCUUAUCUCUAACCUAUAGUUCCCCUGUUUAAGUUUGAACCCAUUAUCCCUUGUCCUAUUGCUACAGUCCCUGAUGAAGAGUCCCUCCCCAGCAUCCUUGUAGGCCCCCUUCAGAUACUGGAAGGCUGCUAUGAGGUCUCCACGCAGCCUUCUCUUCUCCAGGCUGAACAGCCCCAACUUUCUCAGCCUGUCUUCAUACGGGAGGUGCUCCAGCCCUCUUAUCAAACUUGUGGCCCUCCUCUGGACUUGCUCCAACAGCUCCAUGUCCUUCUUAUGUUGAGGACACCAGAACUGCACACAGUACUCCAAGUGGGGUCUCACGAGAGCAGAGUAGAGGGGCAGGAUCACCUCCUUUGACCUGCUGGUCACGCUUCUUUUGAUGCAGCCCAGGAUACGGUUGGCUUUCUGGGCUGGAAGCGCACACUGCCGGCUCAUGUUAAGCUUCUCAUCGACCAACACCCCCAAGUCCUUCUCUGCAGGGCUGCUCUGAAUCUCUUUUCUGCCCAACUUGUAGCUGUGCCUGGGAUUGCCCCGACCCAGAUUGCUGGGGUUUAGUGGAGUGCUUAAUCAUAGUGAAUAAUUUUGGCAAGUCAAAAAUUAGUUUAAUAAGACUUUGUAUUGUGUUUCCAAAUGCUCUACUGUAUGUCAAAAAUUAUGUGGUAUUUCGCCCAAGAGAUGCAAAAUCACUUCCUAUUUACAGAGCGGGGUGGGUAGGGGUAGGUUGUGCUGGGGUUUUGUUGGUUGUUUUUUUGUUGUUUGGUUUUGGGUUUUGGUUUUGGAGGGUUUUGUGGAGUGUUGGGGUUUUUUUGUUGUUGGGCGGGGGGAGGUUGUUUGUUUAGUUGGUUUGGGGGUUGUUUUUUUUAAUUCCCCUCUUUCAAUGUAAUGCAACAAAUUUACACAUGGCCCUAAAGCAACAGAAGUCCAGGAUGAGACCUGUGUUCGUGUUCCAUUAGUGUUGCUAUAGGCUAGUAUUCUUCUAGGUCAUCCUAGUAGGAAACCAUGGAUUUAAAGGUAAAACACUUUAUUCUUCAUCAGCAAGUAACAGAACUUUUUGUCUAAGCAGCAGCUUUUUGUGAACUUGGCGUUCAGAGAGCAAGUGCUGCAAAAUUAAUUCUCAUCCAGAAUAUAAAUUAUUAGUAGCCUUUAUAAAGCCAGGACAAAUGUUUUAAUAGACGUGCUUUCCAGAGUGUAUCUGCAUAAAUUCAAUAUACAUUUUUAUACUUUAUCUUGGGGAUAGAUUUGUACAUGCAAAUGUUUUCAUAAGCCUAUAAACUUUCUUUGUAUCUUUUUUCACAUCUUUGUUUACUUUUUUUACUUACUAAAAUUGUUAGAAGCAGUGAUAGUUUCUUUGUACAGUUUUCUACAAUUGCCAUUUACCUGUUUGGAAAUACAUUUUAAUAUGAAAAAAACCUGUCACCAGUGUAGCUGUGUUAUUCUAUUGCUUAUAAAGGCAUUGUGUUAGAAAAAGGUGCUCUGAUGAAGGU